AUGUCUAUAAGUUUCAGCGGUGAUGCGACUCCUAGGGCUCAAAGUAGGACGAGCCAAGAAUCGAUGGCUGAAGCGACGUCAAUUCGAGACCUGCUAGCUGCAAUGAAGGAUACUCUAGGCACGCUUGGUCAGACUUUCGACACUUUGAACGAGCAGUCUGCGAAGAUAUCAGCAACAGCACCUACGAUGCAAGACAAUGCUUCCCAGAUCCAAGCCAUGCGUCGGCAAGUCAGGGCUCAAGACAAGAAACAGGAGGCACGAAUUAAAGAAGUGAAGCGGAUGGUAAGCGAGCAGCUCAAAGACCAAAUUAUAGAGCAUAUGAAGGCGAAAAUUCAAGAACAGAUCAAAGCAGACAUAGCAAAGCAAGUUGCACAAGAAGUCGAUGUACAGAUCAAGGAUUACUUUCCCGUCCCAGUGGAACAGCAAAUGGCGCAAAGCAAGAAGGAGUUGACAGCGAUCCAACAGUCUGUUGAGAACUCGGAAGCCAGGCGAUUGAACUCGAACCUGCGAACACACAACUUGGAUGAACCAUUGGCUAUCGUCUUGAAGACAAACGGUCGAAAGAGUUAUAUUUAUCCAACAAGUUUGAGGGCCCUUUUUUCGUAUGAUGGUCCAAAAGUCAAGGCCCUCCUGAGGGACUACGAACUGAUAGAAGACGAAGUUCGAGAGAGAAACUUGAACCGCUUCAUGUCAUACAUUGGUAUUCGUUUCCAGCUUAUUCCUGUACCGGCACCCGUUGGGCUCGAUAUAACAAAGUAUACGAUACCACUAUUAAUAUGGACGUCCGAGAACUAUGACCCUUCACUAGAACUCGUUUGCGAGGCUUACCGCCGCAUGACACAUCCACAACUCCUUUUUUUCCUCAAAGUCCGUAACCUCCCAACUUCAGGCCCAGACAGCGAACUUGCAUCCCGCUUGGCCCAUCAUGAUCUCCAUACAUAUCAUUUUCCUGCUGUAUCUAACGACAUCCAACCCACCGCAACACCACAACAAAAAGGACGCAGUGCCCUCAUACCGGGCUUGCCAGUUGAAAUUUUGGCUGAAAUAUUAGACCAUGUUGGCGAUUGGACGCUUUCACGGGCUGUUGGAGUACCCACGUCCCUACCCACACCUCUUACGUGGAACAAUGCCAAUUCUACGGACCUCACAAUGCUGACUGGCUCUCUCCCCCUAAUUCGUGCUGCUGACCCGGCUAGCGGUCCCCCCACAAAAAUCGGAGCUGUGGCAGCUGUUCGUUUUGGAUAUGUUAACGUCCUAGAGUAUUUUCUUACACAACAUCGUUCAAUCUUUCUCUCCAUCUUCAAAGACGACAUAAUCCCCAUCCAGGCUUCUAGGAAUGGUCGUACUGAUGUCUUGUCCUGGUGGAAACAUGGCUUUGAACAGCAUCCUGACUUGGUUCACCCCCCAAAAACAGGAGCAAUCGCAGAUGCUGUUGAUGGUGCUUCGCGAAACGGGCAAGUGACCUCUCUUGAUUGGUGGUUCUCGUCUGGCAUUCCUUUGGAGUAUACCGAGGCUGCACUUGAGUUUGCAAGUGCCAAAAAUCAGAUUUCCGUGCUUGACUGGUGGAAACAACAUCAUUUGGACCACGGUUUACCCCUCAAAAUAGGUCGUGUUAUGGACAUGGCUAGCACCGCCGGACAUGUCAAGGUACUUGAAUGGUGGGCUGCCUCCCAGCUCGAUUAUCAGUACGAUCGGCAUGUGAUGCACCAUGCGAGUUGUCACGGCAAAGUAGAUGUUUUGGAGUGGUGGUUGGGAAGCGGGUUGCAAGUGGUAUUCGACCAAGAUGCGCUGACAGGUGCGACGCGGCACAAUAGGCCAGAAGUCCUGCAGUGGUGGGAUAAAAGCGGACUCCCAAUUCAGUACAGGAUGUGUGACAUUGAAGAGGCUCUGGAGGAUGCUAUUGGUGGAGGAGAAGCUGCCAGAAUGUGGUGGAGAGAAAAGGGAGUCGAUUUUAAUGCGAACGAUAAAGAGUGGAUGAAACUACACAACCUUAAUUAA